AAUAUUUUAGAAAUGUGGAAUUCUGGAGGUGCACAAUUGUCAGGAGAGGUACAAAGCACAAGGUUGUGGCAACAUGUAGGGAAGACUUCAUACAUUUGAGGACAGAAGCUGAUGACAAUUAUGAUUUGUUUGUAUGUAAUCGACUGUAGUGAGUCUGCCGUGUGUUAAGUACAUUUUAAUAAUAUGAAUAUUUUCUUUAUUCCAGGGUGCAAGAUCAAGGCCCUUCGUGCCAAGACGAACACGUACAUCAAGACGCCCGUCAGAGGGGAGGAGCCAGUCUUCGUCGUCACCGGACGCAAAGAAGAUGUGGGGAUGGCUAAACGGGAGAUCCUGUCAGCUGCGGAGCACUUUAGCCAAAUCCGUGCCUGCCGCAAAAACAACCUGAAUGGGUCAAUGGCUCCCGGCCCACCAACAAAUGUACCUGGGCAGGUGACCAUCCAAGUACGAGUGCCAUACCGCGUGGUAGGUUUGGUGGUGGGUCCCAAGGGAGCAACCAUCAAGCGGAUCCAGCAGCAAACCCACACCUACAUCGUGACGCCCUCAAGGGACAAGGAGCCAGUGUUUGAGGUAACAGGUUUGCCGGAGUCUGUGGAGCAGGCAAGGAAGGAGAUCGAGGCACACAUUGCGAUGCGUACGGGCGGCCUGCUGGACCAGGACGAACCCAACGCUGCAGCUGCUGCACGCCACCAUGGGGACUUUCCUCCACCAUCACAUGGCCUCGACAACCUCUUCAGUCCUGCAUCAUCAGAGCUGGUCUCAUCUCUCUACAAGCUCAACAACUCCUCGCUCAAUGGUCUUGCCUCAAUCAAUGGUAUUACCAAUGGAACAGGUCUCAAUGGUCUCACCAACGGCCUUUCCAAUGGGUCAGGUCUAAAUGGUAUCACCGGCUUGAAUGGUCUCAGUGGAAAUGGGCUGAACAACUCUCUGAAUGGUAUGAACGGCUUGAACAACACUCUCAACAGUCUGAACACUUUGAAUCAACUCAAUGACCUGAACUCUGCUUUCACACUGCUGGGAGAUGCUGGGUCGUCACUCCUCGGAUCAUCCAACAAGGGGGGAAGUGCCCUAGAGUCAUCACUCUUCUCCUCCUUCAGCAGUGGUGUUGGGAGCGGCAAGUUGAGCAGUGAUGUAACUGGUAGUGGCACUGGUGGCCUGGGUCUGUAUGGCGUCGACGAAGGACUAGGCUCCCUGGGAUCCUCCAUGGGCUCCUCCCCUUCUUUUGACCCAGCUCCCUCCAGCAUUUGGGGUGAGCUUGGACGACCUCUGGGGAAUACCAUGAGUUCCACAGUCAGCUCCAGUUCCUCUCUGAGCUCCACCUUUUCCUCCCUAUCCUCCACCCUGUCCUCAUCGCUGACACGCAGGUCGUCGUCAGUGUCGGGAGCAUCACCCCCAUCAUCCAGGCUCUCCCCAUCCUUGGAGGCUCAUCCCCCAGCCAGGCGAAUUAGCUCUGAUCCAGCACCCGGACUCGGGGGCGCACCAUCACUCGCAUCGCUCAAUUCUGCACUCACGGGAGGCCUAGGCGGAUUACCUACUUCCUCACCAUCAUCCUCUUCCCCAGCUUCCACCCCAGAUCUCACCCAGCAGCUGAAUGCCUUCCAGUCUACCACUGGGCUGCCGUCGGCACCUGCUACCUCCACCUCCACCACAACCAUUACAGGAAUAAGCCAGCUGGUGAAUGGUAUUGAUGAGAAGAAGCGGUGUGUGACAUGCUGCGAAUCAGAGGUGGUGGCUGCUCUGGUGCCCUGUGGCCAUAACCUCUUCUGCCUGGACUGCGCCAACAAGCUGGUGGCCGAGGCGGCUGAGUGCCCAAUCUGUCGCAUGAAGGUCACUCAGGCCAUUCGUAUCUUCUCCUAACGCGCCACUUGGUUAAGUUUUGCAACUAAGCAACUCGUGCAACAAGCCAUCGCGGCGCUCACGGGCAUCUCAGCCCCCUUCUACCCCACCACCAGCUUAUAGAGUAUAAUAGUCUGUAUAGCAUAUAUCUGCAGAAUGAAGAGUAUUAUCUUUAAAAUUAAUAAUAAAUUUUUUUAUUCAAGUAGUG